CCCACGAGCUCCCCCCCGCCCUCAGUCUCAGGACUCGCUCCCCCAAGCGUACGCAAAGUCCCCGCCAGGGUCCUCCCUGCCCGCUCUCCUCUCCCACCCCCGCCCUCAUAGGACCUUCCCUCCGCGCUCAUCCAAUGUCUGAACCCAUCGUCGAAAAAGAAGCGGGACCCCCCGCCGGCGACACCCCUGUCGCCGAGUCCCCUGCCGCCGAGGUCCCAGAGAAACGGAAAAGGGAAUACAAAGAUUUUGGCCACGACGAAGUAAAGGCGACCCAUGCCAACGUCGAUAUGUCUCAGAUCGAAUUGAAGGCUGAGGACCUCUACGACAAGGAAAAGGUUGACCUCGAGACCAUCGUUAUCGAAGAUGUCUUCAAGCUCCUCCAGUGCGAGGAGAACGGUCUUACUACCGAGGAGGCUAACCGCCGUCUCGAGAUCUUCGGUCCCAACAAGCUCGAGAGUGAGGAGCAGAACCCCUUCCUCCAGUUCCUCUCCUUCAUGUGGAACCCGCUCUCCUGGGUCAUGGAAGCCGCCGCCCUCGUCGCCAUCGCCCUGUCCAACGGUGAAGGUCGCGCUCCUGAUUGGCAAGAUUUCGUCGGUAUCGUCCUCCUUCUCUUCAUCAACUCUGGUAUCGGUUUCUACGAGGAGCGCAACGCCGGUAACGCCGUCAAGGCCCUCAUGGACUCGCUCGCCCCCAAGGCCAAGGUCAAGCGUGACGGCAAGUGGGCCGAGUACGAGUCCUCCGGUCUCGUUCCCGGUGACAUGAUCUCGUUCAAGAUUGGUGAUAUCGUUCCCGCCGACUGUCGUCUUACCGAGGCCAUCAACGUCUCCAUCGACCAGGCUGCCCUUACUGGUGAAUCGCUCCCCGUCUCGAAGAAGGCCGCUGACCAGUGUUUCUCGGGCUCUACCUGCAAGCAGGGUGAGGCUGAGGGUGUCGUUAUCUCGACUGGUCCCAACACUUUCUUCGGUCGUGCCGCUUCGCUCGUCGGCCAGGACGACGAGACCACCGGUCACUUGCAGAAGAUUCUCGCUCAGAUCGGUUCUUUCUGUCUCGUCGCCAUCGGUAUCUUCGUCGUCGCCGAGAUCCUCGUCCUCUACGCUGGCUUCCGCUUCUCUUACCGUGAAGGUCUCGACAACAUCCUCGUUCUCUUGAUCGGUGGUAUCCCCAUCGCCAUGCCCACUGUCUUGUCCGUCACCCUCGCCGUCGGUGCCCAGCAGCUCGCCAAGCACAAGGCCAUCGUCACCCGUAUCACUGCCAUCGAGGAGUUGGCCGGUGUCACCAUUCUCUGUUCCGACAAGACCGGUACGCUCACCACCAACAAGCUCACCAUCGAUCGCAGCACCAUCAAGACGUACGGUCCCUUCUCCGCCGACGAUAUCAUUCUCCUCGCCGCCUACGCUUCUCGUACCGAGAACCAGGACGCCAUCGACGCUUCCGUCGUCGGCGCUCUCGGUGACGUCGACCGUGCCCGCGCCGGUAUCAAGCUCCUCGACUUCAAGCCCUUCAACCCCGUCGACAAGCGUACCGAGAUCACCUACCGCGAGGAGUCCUCCGGCAAGCUGAAGCGUGUCACCAAGGGUAUGACCGGUAUCAUCAUCGAGCUCUGUACCCGCAACAAGACCGAGGAGCAGGAGAACCAGCUCGAGCAAGACGUCGAGGAAUUCGCUACCCGUGGUCUCCGUGCUUUGGCCGUCGCGUACGAGGAUGUCAAUGGUGACGACCACGAGGGUGAGGGUAACGGCUUCGAACUCAUCGGUCUCCUCGCCAUCUUCGAUCCUCCCCGUGACGAUACCAAGCAGACUAUCGACGACGCUCUCGCUCUCGGUGUCAAGGUCAAGAUGGUCACCGGUGACCAGCUCGCUAUCGCGAAGGAGACCGGUCGUCGUCUCGGUCUCGGCGACCACAUGUACCCCGCUAAGGUUCUCAAGGACGGACCCGAGCCCGGAGGCAAGCACCGCACUCUCGACGAGAUGAUCAUGGAUGCCGAUGGUUUCGCCGGUGUCUUCCCCGAGCACAAGUUCGAGAUUGUCAAGCGUCUCCAGGGUCUUGGUCAUCUUUGCGCCAUGACUGGUGACGGUGCCAACGACGCCCCCGCUUUGUCUCGCGCCAACGUCGGUAUCGCCGUCGAGGGUGCCACUGACGCUGCCCGUGGUGCCGCCGAUAUCGUCUUGACUGAGCCUGGUCUCUCCACCAUCGUCCACGCCAUUCGCGGGUCUCGUGUCAUCUUCCAGCGUAUGCGUAACUACUCCAUCUACGCCUGUGCCGUCACCAUCCGUAUCGUCGUCUGCUUCGCUAUCCUCGCCUUCUGCUACAAGUUCCAGUUCCCGCCAUUCAUGGUCCUUAUCAUCGCGCUCCUUAACGAUGGUACCAUCAUGACCCUCUCCGUCGACCGUGUCUUGCCCUCGAUGACACCGGAUAGUUGGGACUUGGCUGAGAUUUUCGCCUACGCUGUUGCCUACGGUCUUUACCUGACCGUGUCUACGAUCGUCCUUGUCGUUGUCAUCAUCGAGACUUCGUUCUUCCAGGACAAGUUCGGCGUCAGCCUCGAGAACGCGCCCGGCUCGAUCAACCACAACGACCCUCAACUGCACAUGAUCGUCUACCUCCAGGUCGCCAUCAUCUCGCAGGCCUUGAUCUUCGUCACCCGUUCGCACGGUUUCUUCUUCAUGGAGCGCCCUUCGUUCGCGCUGUUCGGUGCCUUCUGUAUCGCUCAGCUCGUCUCCUCCAUCAUCGCCGCGUACGCCGACUGGGGCUUCACUAACAUCCACUCCAUCUCUGGUGGCUGGAUCGGUAUCGUCUGGGUUUGGAACAUCGUUUGGUUCAUGCCUCUCGACUGGAUCAAGUUCGCUAUGAAGGCCACCAUCAUCAAGUACCUCCGCAACCGUCACGAGGCCGCCGCCGCCGCUGCCACCAAGGCUCAGGCCGAGGGCGUCCCCAUGACCCGUACCCAGUCCCGCGCCGCCUCGAUCCACGAGUCGCUCUACUCCAACCGUACCUCGUUCAUCCGUCGUGCCGCUCGCAAGGUCGGCUUCGGCCAGCGUGUGCGCGUCAAGCCCGAAGAGCUCCAGCGCUUCAGUAGCAUCCAGGCUCAACAGUCUGGCCAGGUCCUGGCUCGUCACCCAUCUCGCCCUACCGCAUAG